UUACCAAGCUGCCAUCAGGCAGAAGGAAGGAAAACUUGGUCCUGGCCAAGCAUGUUACCAGGUUGGUCGGUGGAAGGGAUGUGCUGGUCCUCUGCCACAAGGGCCAGCUCCACGCCACGGACAUGCGCUGCUGCCAUUCCGGUGGGCCACUGCAGGAGGGAGAUAUAGAGGAGUUUGACGGGCGGAUUUGCAUUGUGUGUCCGUGGCACAAGUACAAGAUUACCCUGGCGGAAGGCGAGGGGCUGUACCAGGCGGUGAACCCCUCGGCUACACCCCCCAAACCCACCUGGCAAUCGAAAGGGGUCAAACAGAGGGUUCACAAGGUCACAGAAGUCAACAAAAAUGUGUAUGUCACCAUCAAUGACUCGCCAGAUCCCAUUGACUCUGACUUCUACCAGACUGAGAGAUACAGGACCACUAUGAAUAAGGCCCAACCUAAGAAUAAAAAAUGACACGAAGGUGACUCACUGGAGUGUAAGGAUUGUGAUCAGGAUAAAACCCCUGGUAAUUUGUUCUUUAGCAUUUGGGAAUGUUAUAAGGUAGCUACAGGACUAUUUCAACACAAAACUAAAAGCCUCCCUAUCAUCAGCUCAAAGCAUAAUCUGGGUAAGAUAUUUAUGUAUUCUCCAGGGCAGCUGUAUCUCAUAAUUGUCCCCAAAUGUUCAAAACUUUUACAAAUUUUUUCUGAUGAUGCUCUAUUUUUGUACAGUUACAUUACACCCCCCCCCCCUUUUUUUUAAACCUC